AUGGACCGGUUGAUGGACCCGGCUGGCCCCGGGGCCGGGGAUGCCCCGGCCGGCGUGCUGGCCAUGCUGAUGGUCCGGCCAGGUGGCAGCUUUCUGGGUCCGAGCCCCGGGCCAGGCGGCUUCCCGUGCCUCCCAGGUGCCGCCGCCGGGACCCCCGAGCAUCUAGGCCGGGGCGGGCAGGGGGUGGGUACCACUCCGGGGAGCCCCGCGGCUGGGCCAGGAGGGCGACAGAGGAGGACGGGAGCUGAGCCUUCCCCUUCCCGCCCCCCUCGCUCUCCCGGGCCCGGCCAUGCCCAGCCUGGCGGGCAGCUCCGGCCGGGGGUCCGGGCCGCCCCCCGGAGCCCCGCACCUGCCCCGCACCCGCCGUCCCUCCCGACCUGGGCGGCCAAUAAAGCAGUGCAGGGGACACCCGCGCCCGCCGCCACCGAGAAGGCAGAGCGGCCAGAAGCCGCGCCGGCCUUCCCUUCCCAUCGCUGCCCAUCGCAUCCCAUCCGCUCCCUCGUCCCCUUGGCGCUCGGACCCCCUCCAUCCCGCUCGGCCGCGAGUGCCGCCAACUUUCUCGGGAGCGGGGAGCCCCCAUCCUCCACCCCCCGGGGGGGACGCGGAGAGCCCGGCCCCGGACAUGCUCGGGACUUGAGACGGGGAGAGGCGGAGCCCGGGCCGGGGCGGCCGGGCGGGGAAGCCGCAGUCCGGCCCGCGGCCCGCCCACCCCGACCCCCCGCAGCUCCCCGCAGCUCCCCGGCCGCCGGGCCGCGGGGGGCAGAGGGCCGAGCCGGCGGGCCGCCCCCCCGGGGCCAUGGGCGCCCCGCCCGGCACCCGCCCGGGGAGCGGCCGGCGGAGCUCCUGAGCCGGUGGGCGCGGCGCCAUGCAGCCCUCCGGGACGCCCCCCGCCUGGGCCGUGGGGCGGGGCCGGGGGCCGCCGCCCGGGACCCCGAGCCCGGGCACCUGCCGGCUGCGGCCGCCGGGGCCUGCCCACAGCGGGACCGCCACGCUCCGCCCGGGACCCCCGGGGACAGCGGCGGGGAGGCCGCGGAGUCUCCGCGCGGACCCUCGGACCGGACGCGCUCCUCCUGGGAACCUCCUCGUUCCCCGCAGGACCAGCCGCUCGCCCCCUCGGACCAGCCGUUGAUCCCCUCGGACCGGCCGCGCUCUCCACCGGACUAUCUGCGCCCCCCCCAGGACCAGCCGCGCUCUCCCCAGGUCCAUCCUCGCUUCCCGCAGGACCAGCCGCUCGCCCCCUCGGACCAGCCAUUCGUCCCCUCGGAGCAGCCGCGCUCCCCACCGGACCAUUCGCGCUCCCCCCCGGAUCAGCCGCUCGCCCCCUCGGACCAGCCAUUCGUCCCCUCGGACCAGCCGCGCUCCCCCCAGGACCAGCCAUUCGUCCCCUCGGACCACCCUGGCUCCCCCCAGGACCAGCCGCGCUCCCCGCCGGCCCAUCCGCGCUCCCUCCAGGACCAUCCUCGCUCCCCCCAGGACCAGCCAUUCGUCCCCUGGGACCAUCCGCUCUCCCCCCCGGACCAUCCGCGCUCCCUCUCGGACCACCCGCGCACCCCCUCGAACCAGCCACGCUCCCCCCCGGACCAGCUACUCGCCCCCUCGGCCGAGCUGCUCUCCGCCUCGGACCAUCCGCUCUCCCCCCCGGACCAGCCGAUCUCCCCCUGGGACCAUCGGCGCUCUCCCCCGGUCCAGCCUCUCUCCCCGUCGGACCAGCCGCGCUCGCCCUGGGACCAUCGACGCUCACCCAGGGACCAUCGCCGGUGGACGGUGAAGGGAGCCGGGGGGUCCGGGGCUGCGGGGUCCGGGGCUGCCGGAUCGGGUGUCCCCCCUCUCCCGGACGGCAGCAGCGCCCCCGAGCCCCGGCCCCGACCCCGGCCCAGAAGAGCGGGGAGGACCGAGGGUCGCCCUCCGGCAGAAGCCCCCUCCUCGGGCAGCCGGGGGGCGGCGGUGCCCCCGGGCCGGGCGCUGCCCUUGAACGGGUCCGGGGAGCGCGGGGACCCCCGGGGGUCGGGCAACGGGACGAGCGGGCGCACCCGGCUCCAGAACCCCUUCUACCCGCUGACCAAGGAGUCGUACGGGGCGUACGCCGUCAUGUGCCUGUCCGUGGUCAUCUUCGGCACCGGCAUCGUCGGCAACCUGGCCGUGCUGUGCAUCGUGUGCCACAACUACUACAUGAGGAGCAUCUCCAACUCGCUGCUGGCCAACCUGGCCUUCUGGGACUUCCUCAUCCUCUUCUUCUGCCUCCCCCUGGUCAUCUUCCACGAGCUGGCCAAGAAGUGGCUGCUGGAGGACUUCUCCUGCAAGAUUGUGCCCUACAUCGAGGUAGCUUCUCUCGGAGUCACCACUUUCACCUUAUGUGCCCUGUGUAUAGACCGCUUCCGGGCUGCCACUAAUGUCCAGAUGUACUACGAAAUGAUUGAAAACUGUACAUCCACUACCGCCAAGUUGGCCGUCAUAUGGGUGGGAGCCCUGCUCCUCGCCCUGCCCGAGGUUGUGCUCCGCCAAUUGACCAAGGAAGACUUGGGGUUGAGUGGGCGCGCCCCUGCGGAGCGCUGCGUGGUCAAAAUCUCCCCCGAGUUACCGGACACCAUCUACGUUCUAGCCCUGACAUAUGACAGCGCGAGACUCUGGUGGUAUUUCGGCUGUUACUUUUGUUUGCCCACCCUUUUCACCAUCACCUGCUCUCUCGUGACUGCCCGGAAAAUCCGGAAAGCAGAGAAAGCCUGCACCAGGGGCAACAAGCGACAGAUUCAGUUGGAGAGUCAGAUGAACUGCACUGUGGUGGCGUUGACCAUUUUAUAUGGAUUUUGCAUUAUUCCUGAAAACAUCUGCAACAUCGUGACUGCUUACAUGUCUACAGGGGUCUCCCAGCAGACGAUGGACCUCCUUCACAUCAUCAGUCAGUUUCUUCUGUUCUUCAAGUCGUGCGUCACCCCUGUCCUCCUGUUCUGCCUCUGCAAACCUUUCAGCCGGGCCUUUAUGGAGUGCUGCUGUUGCUGCUGUGAAGAAUGCAUUCAGAAGUCUUCAACAGUAACGAGCGACGACAACGAUAACGAAUACACCACAGAACUCGAACUCUCCCCUUUCAGUACCAUCCGGCGUGAAAUGUCUACUUUUGCUUCCGUCGGGACUCAUUGCUAAACAACUCUGGUUGGAUUUAAAAUAUCCUGUGAAGAUUUUUUUUACUUCUCUGUUUCUCCUUACUGGGUGGAGCUGAAAUAAGGAUCUGUUUGAUCGAUUCUUUGUAUUAACCUUUGUUCUCUGGGUGGGAUUUCUGGUUAGUUAUUUAAGAAAAAAGAACUAGCCUAUAGUUUUAGGUCCUUUGAUCUGGUACGGUGCUAAUAUAUUUUUGGAACAAAAAUUAGGGACUGUACCUUUUAUUUAAUUCCUCGCUAGGAUUUAUUUUGUAAUCACUGUAAAACUGAUUAUAGCCAUUGUGAUUUUUGCGAGAUGUUUUAUGUGAAAGGUGUGGUCGAACGUAUUGUAUCCGAUGUCGUGAGAUGAAUAGGGGUUUGAAAUGUUUUACAAGGUAGCAGAAAAUAAAUUCCCAUUUCAUUCUUUAAUUUCAUUGCCAAUCUACUUUAACAAAGAUCCAAUAAAUCUCAUUUAAAGGCCUUAAGAACAGCAUCUUUGCUUUAUAUAGAAAUACAUAAGUAUGGCAUAUAUAAUUUUCUGUUAAUUUACUUAGCCCUCGAGGCAAAUAAUUAGUACGUUAAAAAUAGCUAUUACUAAUGGUGUUUGUUUUCCAUGAAUAAUCCUUAAAAAUGUUGAGUGACUGAAUCUAAAAUUGCCUUUUUAGUAUGGUGAUGGAAAGUCAAAAAAUUAUUUCUUUAUAUCCGAGAAAUUUAUCUGUGAAUGGAGGGAAGAGAUGAAAGCAGAAAGGACAGGAGAGAAGGGAGAGGAAAGAAGGAGGAAGAGGACUUGGUUUUCUGAAACAACUGAACUCACUUCCACCCUAUUUUGAUCAUUUGUCAGGCUGACAGUGAGAGAAGAGAAAGGGGCGGGGAUUCAGAAGGGUGGUGGUUGGGGGACUAGCCAGUGGCAUUUAGGACCUGCAUGUUAAAAUCCUGGUUCCACUACAGGUUUUCUUUGACACCAAAGAGAACGGCCACAGGCCCAGAGGAAUCUUCCCUAAGGCUGUGACCACUUCUAUGGCUUUAAAGGGCCUUGCACAGUCUUCAAAAACCACUAGGUAUCUCCCAGAUACUGUCUGGCCUAUGCAAUUUUCCUUCGCCUUGUCCAUGUUGGUCUUAUCCAUUGUUGACUCAUUCCCUUCUCCUGGGCCCUCCUUCUCCCCAUGACAAAGUUAGAGCUAAAGAGUAGUGGAAUAACGUAUUUCUGGAAUAAAUAAAUGAACAGUGUGGUA